AAUCUUAUUUUUCUUAAGGACACUAGGGUUACUAGGGACAAGGAUAAAAAGAAAGGAAUCAAACAGCUCCAGAAAGUCAAAAAGCCGGCCUUAGUAGUGGCCCUCCAAUCAGCAGGUCUUCCAGUACCAUAUAAAAAUGGACAUUAG